AUGUCCAAAAUGGUGUCCAUAUUCUGUCCAUGGCGGAAGCGACAAAAGAAACAAUUGUCUCGUGGCACUUCCAGUGAUGAAUCCGUGCGUCCGCACUCGCUGCCGCCUGCUUUCGAGCCCAUAACUUACACGCCGUUGGACGACGCCAGCGAAGAGCAGCAGAUGCUAGAUGCAAUAUUCUCUACUACCAAUCUUGGUACUUACAACGAAGGCAAUCAAGGUACCACAACGGUUGAUCCACCUCCAGGACCAGAGAAUGUUGUCACUCGUGUGAAUUCGAGAAGGGGCCUAGUUCGACUGGAGUCCUUUGGCGGAAAGCUCCGUACUCGAUUCUCGCGCGAGGGUCGGGUGCCAGUGCAGGAUCCUGCGCCGGAAGAAAGGCAGCCCAAGUGUGAUGGCGGCCAUCUGAGCUUGGAGAACAAGAUGUUGUUUGAUGUUCUUGACAGUGGGAACUCAAGUGAGGCGGCUUACGACAGUGAUGCCCACAACCUUCUCACUCCUCAGAUCACAACGCGGUUGAAAACUAGCCCUGGCAGUCGAAGUACCAUGUUUGCAACUUUUGAUACAACGCCCAUUAGAGAUACUCGGGAGCAAUCGAACGAGCCUUUUUGCCAUGGCCUUGAUGGCACGCCAGUUGGCAAAGAGGAGAGCGACGAAACUGAGAUGAAUGAUUUCCAACAAACGGGCAAGGCUGAUGGGACCGUACCAGCCAUGGACUCUCUAGCAUCACAGCCAGAUGUGUUCGCACAUGUUGUCGACUCCGGCCCGACGACACCUUUAAGAACCCAUAUAUCGAGGGCCUCCUGUGCCAAUGCAGACGACGAUUGCAGAAAAACACCGAUUUUGACUCCCAGCGAACCAGGGACUUUAGAACAGGCUGACGAGGAGAUUAGCCCCCUCACUUUGGCUGGGUCUACCGAAAGCAUAGAGAUUCAUGUCACGAAGCCGCCAGGGGAUAUGCUGGAUCAGGACGUUUCCUAUGAUACCAGCCCGUGUCCUCAAGAUCUGCAAGCUAGAAGAUAUAUUGGAACUUCGGUAUAUUCUAGUCCAGCCUCUGACAACCCAGAGCUCGAAUCAAAUCUAGAACGAAUCUAUGCCGCGAAGCCACCGGUACACCAAGUGAAACGGAGCCUGACUUCCAAGAGCGUUCCGCCAGAGAACGUACGGAAGUCAAGGGUGCCCGCAAAUCAGCCCCAAAGAUCACCAUCUACUGCCCAGAGAGACAGUUCUAGCUUCGUUAGAAGAAGUCGCUUUAUCGAGGACCUAGACGACGUGUUUACGCUGAGAUGUGAAGGCCGCAUACCUCCCAAGGAUGAUUCCGAAAAGGAGAAUGCCGGCAGACGAUGUAGCGAUGGCUGGCUGUCUGGCGGGAAACGAGUGGGCUAUGGCUACAAUUUUACCCCGGGGGAACGGUAUCCUCGACUAUCCUGUUCCGAGGGCUCAGCCGAUGAGAAAUAUAAAGCAGCAAUUACUCUGCAAUCCUUCAAAAACAGAGCUCCCAUGGAUUACAGGCUCCCAAUCCAAGAUCUGAAACGAGAAGGUUUUCCUUCAGGAGAUAGCAAUUCUAUCUGCCCUGAUCUCCCAGAUGACAACAGCCGCACCCAUCAGCCGAAGAAAGUAGGCAACGCAUUUGCAUCAUUGGCGAAGAAAGUUCGCAGGCACAGGAGGAAUGACAGUAGCUCCACCGCUGUAUCCGGCCGUUCAACUCACUCCCGCGAGCUAGAACAGUUUCCGAGGCUAGAACUUGACCCAGAUAUAGAUUUGCCUAUUGGGUUCGACCCAGCCCGUCGGGAUGUAGACAGUGGCACAUAUAUCCGCAAUCCGGCCAUUAUACAAGCUCUCAAUGCGCUACGGGAACCCUCGAGUAUGGCCUCGGAGAGCUCCGAUAUGUGCCCAAUGAUGGGUGAUGACGUUAAUAGUUACAGCGAAGUGGACGAGAUAACGGAGGAUGUAGAACCCGGGCCAAUGUCUGCUGAGGUAUGGUCGAAGCUGUAUGAUGACUGUGUUCAGACCCAUUGA